AUGGGCCACCUGCUCUCGAAGGAGGCAAGGAGCCUAAGUCGGGACCGCCGCCGCCCACGGGGGAAGGUGCCGCCGCCGCGCAGCCGGAGCUGCUUCCUGCGCGGGCCCUGCAUGCUCUGCUUCAUCGUGCACGGCGCCAGCCCGCCCGCCCCGGAGCAACCGCUGCCCGCCGGGGAACCGCUGCUGUUGCCGCCGCCGCCGCCCUACGUGUCGCUUACCGCCGCAGAGCAGCGCGUCGCCCGCCGCCUCCUGCGCCUGGCGCCCGCCGCCUGGGAACCUCCGGGCCGCUGCCAGCGCCUCUUCCUCUCCGGCCUGCUGCCGUCGCCGGUGCGGGGCCUCCUGGGGCCGCCCGGUGAGGUCUCCUCCGAGAUGGUGUGCAAGCGCAAGGGGGCCGGGCUGCCCGCCUGCCCGCCCUGCAAGCAGCCGCGCUGCGCCGCCGCCGAGCCCGAGCCCGGCGCCUGCCAGUGCCCGGCGGAGCCGCAGCUGCUCGCCCUGCCCGGCGCCGCGGGGGAGAGCGGCGGGGCCACCGGCGGGCAGAGCAGCGGGGGACAGCCCGCCUCGCCGCCGCCUCCCGAGCCCCAGGACGAGACGGAGCAGGGCCGCCAGGAGGAGACGGAGCGGGGCGGCGAGGCGGGCUGCGAGGAGCCGCUGGAGUACCCCGGCGACAGCUGCCGGGAGCUGCCGCCGCCGCCCACCCCUGACAUCAAUCAGCUGCCACCUUCCAUCCUCCUCAAGAUAUUUUCCAACUUGUCUCUGAAUGAACGUUGCCUUUCAGUGUCAUUAGUCUGUAAAUAUUGGCGUGACCUCUGUUUAGAUUUUCAGUUUUGGAAGCAACUGGAUCUCAGCAGUCGUCAGCAGGUCACUGAUGAGCUGUUGGAAAAAAUAGCAUCAAGAAGCCAGAAUAUUACUGAGAUCAAUAUUUCUGAUUGUCGCAAUGUAUCUGAUACAGGAGUAUGCAUAUUAGCAAUUAAAUGUCCUGGGCUCCUAAGGUAUACUGCCUACAGAUGUAAACAGCUUUCUGACACCUCUAUUAUUGCAGUUGCCUCUCAGUGUCCUCUUCUACAGAAAGUGCAUGUGGGCAAUCAAGACAGACUCACUGAUGAAGGCCUGAAGCAGCUCGGUUCAAAAUGCAGGGAAUUGAAAGACAUACAUUUUGGGCAAUGUUACAAGAUCUCAGAUGAAGGAAUGAUCAUUAUAGCUAAAGGCUGUCUGAAGCUGCAAAGAAUAUAUAUGCAAGAAAACAAAUUAGUGACAGAUCAGUCGGUGAAAGCUUUUGCUGAACAUUGCCCUGAGCUGCAGUAUGUUGGUUUCAUGGGCUGCUCUGUUACUUCAAAAGGAGUCAUUCACCUUACCAAUCUAAGAAAUCUUUCGAGCUUGGAUCUACGUCAUAUCACAGAACUGGACAAUGAAACCGUGAUGGAAAUAGUAAAGAGAUGCAAAAACCUUAAUUCUCUCAAUCUCUGUCUGAACUGGAUCAUUAAUGACAGAUGCUGGUUUUUGAUUCUAGCUUUGCAGAAUCUUGAAAAAUGUGUGGAGGUGAUUGCCAGAGAAGGACGGAACCUGAAAGAACUGUAUUUAGUAUCCUGUAAGAUCACAGACUAUGCUCUGAUAGCCAUUGGGAGGUACAGCAUGACAAUAGAGACGGUGGAUGUUGGAUGGUGCAAAGAGAUCACGGAUCGUGGAGCCACCCAGAUUGCUCAGCGCAGCAAAUCCCUCAGAUACUUGGGACUGAUGAGAUGUGAUCAGGUGAACGAGGCCACAGUAGAGCAGCUGGUGCAGCAAUAUCCACAUAUAACCUUCAGUACUGUGCUGCAGGAUUGCAAGAGAACACUGGAGCGGGCUUAUCAAAUGGGCUGGACACCCAAUAUGUCUUCUGGCUCCUAACCUUCUGUACCAACAUGUUCCACUCUGCUGCAUUCAGUAGAUCUUAUGGGGAUUGAAGGGUUUUAUAACCUUUCAUAUGAUGCAAUAUAGUUGUGAGUUUACAGAGGUUACAGUAAAAUGGCAAAAGCUGUACACUGACUUUAAUGUACUGUACAACUAAGUACAAAUAUUGAAGCAAAACUUUAGAAAUGCAUUGUGGUUUUGUGUGCAUAAAAGUCAUAAAAGCCUUUGGCAAAUUUCUUGAAGUGGAUUCCUACUAGUUCUCUGGAUAGUUUGAGUUAUAGAUGUUAAGCUUGUUUUCCUCUGUUUACUUUGCCUUGGUCAUGUGUGUUUCCUUUGAUCUGUAAAUGGUAACUCAGUGCUAGCAUCGGUGAAGUUGAUCAACAGAGGCCUGUGUUGAAACCAGGAACUAAACCUGUUGCUUUUUAUCUACUAAAGCUAUGCCAGAGGUUUUAAGAUACAGAGUAAUAAGAAAAUCUACAGUGAAUUACCAUUUUCUCAUCUUUUUUUUCUUUAAAUAUAAGAAGCUGUAGUGUUAUUGAAAAUCUUUCCACCGUGACAUUUUAAUAAUGAGUAACAGUGCUUACCAGCUACACUUCAUGAAGACAAAGAAUUACUCAAUACACCAGCUAACAGAAAUAAGUUGGUGAUGCUUAUUGUAUUUGGCUGAAAAAAUUUACUGUCUACUGUAAAUGAGCUUGUCUUCUCUAACUGUGCUGUUCUGUGAAUGAAUUGGAAAAGUCAGAUGAAUGGGAAUAAGUCAGAAACAGGAUCCCUCUCAUUUUCUGUGUGGUUUU